AUGGCAAAGAAACAAAACCCAACUACUAAAGAUCUAAAAGCACAAAUUAAAGAAAUAGAAGAAAAAAUGUUUGGCUUAAAAAAUAAAAAACAGAAGGCAGCACUAGAGAAACAAAUAGAAGCUUUACGUAUUAAAGACGCGGAGCUUAAAAAGACUAAAGUUAAAAAAGAAGUUACAGCAGUUAUACAAAAAAUUCCUGUAGGUGUUGAUCCCAAAACAGUUCAAUGUAUUAAUUUUAUUAAUAAAGUUUGUAAAGAAGGAGAUAACUGUAGAUUUGCACAUGAAACAAUUAAAAAAGUUGAAAAUGGCGCAUCAGAAGUCGCAAAUAAAGGCCCUAGGCAUGUGUGUAGAUUCUUGUUAGAUGCUAUUAAUAAUAAUGAAUUUAAUAGUUCGUGGAAAUGUCCAUUCCCAAAAUGUAAUGAUAUACAUAAACUUAUAGAUUUACAAGGAGAUGCAACAACAGAAUUAAGUUUAGAAGAAUAUCUUGAAUUUAGCAGACAAUCUCUUGGGGACAAUUUAACUCCAUUGACAGAAGAAACAUUUAACCAAUGGAAAGAAAAAAAAGUCGAAGAAGAAAUGGAACAUCAAAAGAAAAUUCAAGCUUUAUCUUCUGGACCAAAAGGUUUAGAGCUUUUUGAAAGUAAACCAGAGAUGUUUAUGGAUGAUGAAGAAGCAGUAGAGUUAGAUUACAGAGAAAGAUGCUAUUCAGAUGAUGAAGAAGACACCCCUCCAAUUUAA